AUGCGCCCAAAGGACCGCAGCGAAUUUAGCAUCGCCAUUAUCUGUGCACUCACAAUCGAGGCGAAUGCCGUGAUAGGGCUGUUUGAUGAAUUCUAUGAUCGAUACGGUGACCAGUACGGCAAACAUCCCAGAGACGCCGCCGCCUAUACAGUGGGAAGAAUAGGCAAACACAAUGUUGUCCUAUGCCAUAUGCCCGAAAUGGGGAAAGCAAGUGCAGCAAGUGUGGCGGCAAGUAUGAAGUUCACCUACACUGAAGUCAGUCUCGCAUUGGUUGUAGGGGUCUGUGGGGGAGUCCCUCUGCUGUCGUCCAGCAAUACCCCGAUUUUUCUAGGCGAUGUCAUUAUCAGCAAUGCGGUUGUCCGAUAUGAUUAUGGUAGGCAGUACCCAGAUGGGUUCAGGCGAAAGAAACGCAUCACCGAUACCUUAGGAAGGCCAAGUCAAGAAAUCCGGACUCUGCUUAGUCAAUUGGAAACCAGAAUGGCACACAGUAACUUCCAGGAUGAGCCAACUAUGCUUGAUCCGGGCUUUUACAUUCUGCUAAGCAUAGUGAACCCUGAAAUUGUUGAGCAGACGUAUAUUAACAUCGCUCAGAUGCUUGGGAUACAAGAUGUUAAGCCGGCAGAAGCAAAAGAGCAAGUCAAGGACCAUCUUAGUCAUAAGAGUGCUCUUAAAUGGCUUCUUAUUUUUGACAACGCAGAUGAUAUGAAUAUGUGGACCAAGGGCAGCAAUAGUGCUCCAGCACUUAAGGACCUUAUGCCUCGAACUGAGCAAGGUCGAAUGAUCUUUACUACUCGCAAUAGACAGCUGGCUGUAAAGCUGGCCCCCACUGAAAUCUCGAUCUCCAAGGUAGACGAAGAGACUGGUAUAAAGAUGCUACAAAUGGCAUUGCCUGGGGGAGACUUGUCCGAUGACCGCGGAACCGCCGUUGCCCUUUUGAGUCAGCUGACUUUCCUGCCCUUAGCAAUCAUGCAAGCGGCAGCAUUCGUCAAGGAGAACAGCAUUAGCCUCGGUGACUACCUAACUCUGCUACAGGAGCAGGAACCAGAGGUGGUAGAGCUCCUGAGUGAGGAUUUUGAGACAGAAGGGCGUUAUCAGGAUGUUCCAAACCCAGUAGCAACUACCUGGUUAGUCUCAUUUCAACAAAUCCAACAGAUUGAUCAACUGGCUGCUGAAUAUCUCUCAUUCAUGGCUUGCGUCAACCCACGAAAUAUACCACAGUCCCUUCUGCCACCAGCAAAGUCCAAGAUACAAAUGGUCAAAGUUCUAGGGCUUCUCAGUGCCUAUUCAUUUAUUUCUGACCAAGCUAAGCAUAAUCCUCUUAACCUUCAUCGACUUGUAUAUUUAGCGACUCGCAGCUGGAUGAGGAGAAACCAGCAAUUCACCCUGUUUAUACGCAAAACAGCAGAAAGGCUAACCGAAGCUUUCCCCAACGAUGACCACACUGAUCGGAAUCUGUGGCGGGCGUAUUUACCCCAUGCAUUAUCCCUAUUAGAAGAGGAUGAGUUUAAAGGUCAACAAGAACAAUACAUAGACUUGCUUGAAAAAGUUGGGGACUGUCUAGUCAGUGAUGGGAGAUACAGUGAGGCAGAAGCGUUGUUUUGCGACGCCAGGGGCAUACGGCAGAGGCGAAAUGGGAAAGCACACCUUUCAACUCUGGUCAGUAUGAGCAAAUUAGCAUCGGUUUACAGCUGUCAAGGUCGAUUCACGGAAGCGGAAGCGCUCAAUAUUGAAGUGUUAGAGACCAGAAACCAGAUACUAGGUCCAGAACACCGUGACACUCUGACAACUAUGAGCCAUCUAGCAGGAGUCUACUACGAGAAAGGACACCACAAACAAGCAGAAACGCUUAGACUUCAGGUCCUGGAAACCACAUGA